AGCAGAGGCAAAAGGUUGGCCCAGUGAGGAACGUACCAUGCUUUUACAAUGUGUACUUACAGGCAGGGCUCAAGAAGUUUUUUCUGCCCUGUCACUCUCGGACUGCAGCGAUUACGAUAUCGUUAAAGCGGCGGUUUUAAAAGCUUAUGAGUUGGUACCAGAAGCUUAUCGACAAAAAUUUAGAACGUUGUGUAAGGGUGAAAAGGAGGCUCAUGUGGUGUUUGCUAGAGAGCUCACUACUGCAUUUAAUCGAUGGUGUAUGGCAUCUGAGGUAACCACGUUUGAAGAGUUGUCUAACUUAAUUGUGCUUGAACAGUUUAAGAACUCUGUACCUGCUCGUAUAGCAACAUACAUAAAUGAGCAGAAAGCUGAAACAACUGCUAAAGCUGCUGAGUUGGCUGAUGAUUAUAUUUUAACGCACAAGAGUAGUUUUGAGUUUCGGAAAAGAGAUGAUAGUUUUGAAGAUAGAUUAGAUCAUAUGCCCAGGGAUUCAUCUCUGAUCUGUAAUUACUGUCGUGGUAAAGGCCAUUGGAAAAAUGAGUGCCCUGUGCUUAAAAGUAAGAGUAAAGGAGGAAAGGGUCUUUGUGUUAAACCAGCAGGCUUUGUGGCACCAUUGUUGAAUUCUGUCAGCCUGUCUUCUGAAGGAUCUCCUAGAGCAGUUAACCAGUUAAAGGAUGGAGAUUAUGCACCUUUUAUUUCUUAUGGGCACGUGUCGCUGGUUGGCAAAGAGACAAAUGUUCCAGUAACGAUACUGAGGGACACGGGAGCAUCAGAGUCUUUUAUUUUGCAGGAUGUGCUGCCAUUUUCCUCUGUGAGUGAUACCGAGACUAGUGUCCUUAUUAGAGGAAUUGGGUUAAAUAUCCUAUCUGUCCCAUUACAUAAAAUUAGGUUGUCAUCUGAACUUGUGAAUGGAGAAGUGGUGGUUGGAGUGCGUCCAUCGUUACCAGUGGAGGGGGUGGAUAUCAUCCUGGGAAAUAAUUUGGCAGGGGGGAGGGUUUGGCCUGUUACCUUUUCACCUCCUGUGGUUUCAUCUUUUCCUCUCCCAGGUCCUGAUGAGAGCAACAAGAGUUUUCCACAGGAGCAGAAACUUGAUCCUUCUCUCCAUACAUUGUUUGAGAGUUUGAUGUCUCCUGAUGAAAUUAGGCAUGUUGCUCAAGGUUAUUUUUUGCAGGAUGGAAUGUUGGUGAGGAAGUGGAUUCCUCAUGGAAGUGACUUUGCUGGCGAUCCUAUCUUGCAGGUGGUAGUUCCAGAGAAAUAUCGAUCAUUGGUGUUGGAGAGUUCCCAUGAUAAAUUUGCUGGACAUUUUGGGGUAAGAAAGACUUAUGACAGAAUCCUUCGUCAUUUUUUUUGGCCUAAAUUGAAGAAGGAUGUGUCUCAAUAUAUCAAGACGUGUCAUACCUGUCAACUAAUAGGCAAGCCCAAUCAGAAGAUCAAACCUGCUCCAUUGUUUCCGAUACCUGCUGUUAGUCCACCUUUUGAGCACUUGAUUAUUGACUGUGUAGGCCCACUGCCUAGAUCAAAAUCAGGUAGCAUUUAUUUGCUCACUGUGAUGUGUGCAUCGACUCGGUACCCUGCGGCCUAUCCCUCCGUACGAUCACUGCCAAAUCGGUUGUGA